AUGAUGGCUGGUGCCGAAGACUCCCUGCGCUGGUCAUCGCAAUUCAUCGUCACCCCGCCACCACAGACCCCCCGACUGCCCGGCGAUAAGAUCACAUUACCACAACGCGCCCUCGAGGAAUUGCUCGCAGUCGCCCCUAUCCAGGAGGUAUCCCCGCGAGGCGCGCUCAUACAUACCCGCGCCUUCGAUCCGUUCAACCCGCAUACCUUUGCCGCCGAAUCGCGAGCCCGCGAACAGGACGCCGAUCGCCAACACCAACUCCCUCAUCCGCUGACAUUCCGCGUCGUGAACCCUCAGAAUGGCCGCGUGAUAUAUGCUGGGAUUCGGGAGUUCUCUGCGCCGGAGAACGAGGUUGGUUUAAGUGCAUUUCUUCGGGAUGCGCUGGGGAUCGAGGAGUCGCAGACCAACAGCGAAGCAUCGGAUGUUGAGCAGUCUGGGGCUAUGAACGGGGUAAAGACUCAAGGACCGACCGUCACGGUACAUGCGAAGCAGUUGCCGAAAGGUACCUACGUUCGCCUCCGCCCACUCGAGGCAGGUUACGAUCCGGAAGACUGGAAGGCGUUGCUGGAACGGUACUUGCGCGACAACUUCACAACAUUGACUACCGGCGAGAUCCUUGCUGUAUCUGGAGGACGGAAUGAGUCGUUCAGGUUUCUGGUUGACAGGGUGGAGCCUCAGGGCGACGGGAUCUGUGUCGUUGAUACAGAUUUAGAAGUAGAUAUACUGGCUUUAACAGAAGACCAAGCCAGAGAGACAUUACGGAAGCGGUUGGAAAAGGAGUCUCGCGCGCCUGGGAGCAAAGGAGGCAGCUCGAUUGGAGGCGCACUUAGCCUAGGGGAGACCAUCACAGGCCAGGUAGUGCCUGGGGAGUAUGUCGAUUAUGAGCUUCGCGACUGGAAUCGCGAAGACACCAUUGCCGUCGAAAUUGACGUUUUGGAUGAUGAUACCAACGUGUCUCUCUUUGCCAGCCCUUUCUCUUCUCGCCAACGGAACCGGCCCAGGGAUGACGAGCAUGUCUUUGGUGACUUUUCGAGUCAGCCGUCGAAACGCAUCAAGAUCGCGUCGACCAAUGUCGAGUUGGAAGGGGCAGAAACCCUGUAUGUAUCUGCGCAUGCUUUCCCUUUCUCCACACGAGAUGCGACAGAUGCGGGUCAGAAGACGCCCGCGCCGUACAAACUACGCAUCGUGACGAACCCUUCAGAGUCGGAAGAUAUCGAGAAAGAAGACGAGUCGGGUCCUCAGGAUCCUGAAGAUGUUCAAUGCAAAAACUGUCUGCAAUGGGUGCCUCAAAGGACAUUAGUCCUACAUGAGAAUUUCUGUUUCCGGAACAAUGUGGUCUGCCCUCAAUGCCGCAAUGUCUUCCAGAAGAGGUCCCCAGAAUGGCAAAACCACUGGCACUGUGAGCACGAUAAUUCUUAUGGCAAUGAUGCCGCAAGCAAGGAAAGUCACAACAGGAUAUUCCACGAAACAUGCUCAUGUUCAGCUUGUGGAUUCGAGGCAGAAGGUCUUCCACGACUGGCCCAGCAUCGUACGACCGUCUGCCCCGGAAAACCAAUAUUGUGUCGAUUCUGUCACCUCGUGGUUUCCCAGCAAGGCGAGUCGGAGCCUGACUUACAUGACCCUGAAGUGCUACUCUCGGGCCUUACGCCGCAUGAGCUUGUCGAUGGAGGACGUACUACGGAAUGCCAUCUAUGCAACAAGAUUAUCCGACUGCGCGACAUGAAUACACAUCUGCGCCAUCACGAUCUCGAACGCUUAUCGCGACCACCACCUCGUAUCUGUUUGAACCAGAACUGCGGGCGCACGCUGGAUGCACGGAGCGGAGGCGUGAAGAACGACUCCCUAGGCCUAUGUAACAUCUGUUUCGGACCGCUAUACGUCGACACCUACGAUCCAGAUGGAAAGGCACUCCGCCGCCGCAUCGAGCGCCGAUACCUCUCGCAAAUGAUGACCGGCUGCGGGAAACAGUGGUGCCAGAACGAGUAUUGCAAGACCGGAAAAUCCAACAACAACACUAAUAACACCCAACCGCCAACCAUGACCACUGCGAACAUCUUAACCGCAACACGCCCACUGACCAACGCCAUCAACUUGCAACCAGAUAGCACGCCCAACACCGCACCAUUCUUCUUCUGCACUGACCAAACUGGUCAGCAGCGCCGCACUAUGGCUGAGAUGCUAGCGGCAGAAGGGGAUGUGACUUCUGGUGGGAAGACGUAUGAUCUGGCUUGGUGCGUUGCUGCUGUUGAAGCUACAAGUGGGAAUUUGGAUAGGGCAAAGGAGUGGUUGGAUAAUUGGGCACCGUCGAAGGGGGAGGAUGUUCGAGCUGUUGCAUAA